CUGUGCUCUAGGGUCUCCGCGCUGUCGGGCCCUUCCCUGCUGGGUGGUGUGGCGUAGCCUCGCGCUUGGACUUGCAGCCCAGGCGCCGGGGACGGGGCUGGGGACUCAGCCGAUCCAGCGCAGUCUUUGAGAUGGGGAAAAAGAAGUGCUGCUUCAUGUGUGCUUUCACGUUUUUAAAUAAAAGUAAUCUCACAGUACUGCCAAGGGAAUAAACUCUCAAGGAAGAAAUGUCUUCUGUAAAAAGAAGUCCAAACCAAGAAAUUACAUCCCAAUUUCACUAUUCAGCUGCAGAAGGAGAUAUUGCCAGGUUAACAGUAAUGCUCAGUCAUUCUCCAUCUCUUCUCAAUGAAACUUCUGAAAAUGGCUGGACUGCUUUAAUGUAUGCUGCAAGGAAUGGGCAUCCAGAUGUUGUCCAGUUUCUGCUUGAGAAAGGGUGCGACAGAUCCCUUAUCAAUAAAUCAAGGCAGACUGCACUGGAUAUUGCUAAAUUUUGGGGUUAUAAGCAUAUAGCUAAUUUACUAGCUAAUGCUAAAGGUGGGAAGAAGCCUUGGUUCCUAACCAGUGAAAUGGAAGAAUGUGAAAAUUAUUUUAGCAAGACACUACUGGACCGGAAAAGUGAAAAAAGAAAUAAUUCUGACUGGCUGUUAGCAAAAGAAAGCCAUCCAGCCACAGUUUAUAUCCUUUUCUCAGAUUUAAAUCCCUUGGUUACUCUAGGUGGCAAUGAAGAAAGUUUCCAACAGCCGGAAGUCAGGCUUUGUCAGCUGAACUACACAGAUAUAAAGGAUUAUUUGGCUCAGCCUGAGAAGAUCACCUUGAUUUUCCUUGGAGUAGAACUUGAAAUGAAAAAAGAGUUAUUUAAUUAUGCUGGGGAAGUCUCACAAGAAAAAGAUGCAGAAAGAGAUGCAUUGGUUGCCUGGUUUGCUUUAGGUAUAGAUCCUGUUGCUGCUGAAGAAUUUAAGCAAAGACAUGCAAAUUGCUAUUUUCUUCAUCCUCCAAUGCCAGCUCUUCUGCAAUUGAAAGAAAAAGAAGCUGGGGUUGUAGCUCAAGCAAGAUCUGUUCUCGCCUGGCACAGUCGAUAUAAGUUCUGCCCAACCUGUGGAAGUGCAACUAAAAUUGAAGAAGGUGGCUAUAAAAGAGUAUGCUUAAAAGAAGACUGUCCUAGCCUCCAUGGUGUUCACAAUACAUCAUAUCCAAGAGUUGAUCCAGUAGUAAUCAUGCAAGUUAUUCAUCCAGAUGGGACCAAAUGUCUUUUAGGCAGGCAGAAAAGAUUUCCUCCAGGCAUGUUUACCUGCCUUGCUGGAUUUAUUGAACCUGGGGAGACAAUAGAAGAUGCUGUUCGGAGAGAAGUAGAAGAAGAAAGUGGAGUCAAAGUUGGCCGUGUUCAGUAUGUCUCUUGUCAACCAUGGCCUAUGCCCUCCUCCUUAAUGAUUGGUUGCUUAGCUGUGGCAGUGUCUACAGAAAUUAAAGUUGACAAGAAUGAAAUAGAGGAUGCCCGCUGGUUCACUAGAGAACAGGUUGUGGAUGUUCUGACCAAAGGGAAGCAGCAGGCAUUCUUUGUGCCACCAAGCCGAGCUAUUGCACAUCAACUAAUCAAACACUGGAUUGGAAUGAACCCCAAUCUCUAAAUCAAAUAACUAAACUUUGACUAUGUCUAAUUGAUUUCUUUUUUUUUUUAAGUCAAAAUUAAAUUUUAUUUCACACUGA